AUGAGUGAAAGGAGAAGAUCUGCAGUCGCCCUGAGCUCGCGAGCACAUGCCUUCUCAGUUGAAGCCUUGAUCGGCUCAAAUAAAAAGCGGAAACUGAGAGACUGGGAGGAGAAGGGGCUGGACCUGUCCAUGGAGGCGCUGAGCCCCGCAGGCCCGCUCGGAGACACCGAGGACGCGGCGGCACACGGCCUGGAGCCCCACCCGGAUUCCGAGCAGAGCACGGGUUCAGACUCCGAGGUGCUCACUGAGCGGACUUCCUGCUCCUUCACUGCUCACGCGGACCUGGCCUCUGGGGCUGCGGGCCCUGUGCCUGGUGCCAUGUCGUCCAUGGAGGACAUUCAGGUGGAACUACAAUGUGCUGACCUCUGGAAGAGGUUCCAUGAUAUCGGAACCGAAAUGAUCAUCACCAAAGCAGGCAGGAGGAUGUUUCCUGCCAUGAGGGUGAAAAUCACUGGCCUGGAUCCACACCAGCAGUACUACAUAGCGAUGGACAUUGUGCCCGUGGACAAUAAGAGAUACAGAUAUGUGUAUCAUAGCUCCAAGUGGAUGGUGGCUGGCAAUGCUGAUUCCCCGGUGCCCCCAAGAGUUUAUAUACACCCUGACUCUCUAGCUUCUGGAGACACCUGGAUGAGACAGGUGGUCAGUUUCGACAAACUCAAGCUGACCAACAAUGAAUUGGAUGAUCAAGGACAUAUCAUUCUGCACUCUAUGCACAAAUACCAGCCUCGAGUCCACGUGAUUCGCAAGGAUUUCAGCAGUGACCUUUCACCCACCAAGCCUGUCCCUAUUGGGGAUGGGGUGAAAACAUUCAACUUUCCUGAGACUGUGUUCACCACGGUCACGGCCUAUCAGAACCAGCAGAUCACCAGAUUAAAAAUUGACCGAAACCCUUUUGCUAAAGGAUUCAGAGAUUCUGGGAGAAACCGAACCGGACUUGAAGCCAUCAUGGAGACUUAUGCGUUCUGGAGACCUCCUGUGCGCACACUUACCUUUGAAGACUUCACCACCAUGCAAAAGCAGCAAGGGGGCAGCACAGGCACUUCCCCAACCACCUCCAGCACCGGGACACCAUCCCCUUCGGCUUCUUCUCAUCUUUUAUCUCCAUCCUGUUCUCCUCCAACCUUUCAUCUGGCCCCCAACACAUUCAAUGUGGGCUGUCGAGAGAGCCAGCUGUGUAAUCUGAACCUCUCUGAUUACCCACCGUGUGCCCGGAGCAACAUGGCCGCCUUGCAGAGCUACCCGGGGCUGAGUGACAGUGGCUACAACAGGCUCCAGAGUGGCACCUCUUCAGCCGCUCAGCCCUCUGAAACCUUCAUGCCUCAGAGGACUCCAUCCCUGAUCUCAGGAAUACCAACUCCUCCCUCGCUGCCUGGCAACGGCAAGAUGGAAGCCUAUGGCGGCCAGCUGGGGUCCUUCCCCACCUCCCAGUUUCAGUAUGUCAUGCAAGCCGGCAAUGCUGCUUCCAGCUCCUCAUCGCCACACAUGUUCGGGGGUGGCCACAUGCAGCAGAGCUCCUACAACGCCUUCUCCCUCCACAACCCCUACAACCUGUACGGAUACAAUUUCCCCACCUCCCCUAGGCUAGCUGCCAGCCCAGAAAAACUGAGCGCCUCUCAAAGCACUUUACUCUGCUCUUCUCCUUCCAACGGGGCCUUCGGGGAGAGGCAGUACCUGCCCUCGGGGAUGGAGCACGGCAUGCACGUGAUCAGCCCUUCGCCCAACAAUCAGCAGGCGGCCGGCACCUGCGAUGGCCGGCAGUAUGGGGCAGUCCCAGGCUCCUCCUCCCAGAUGUCGGUGCACAUGGUUUAAAGGCCAGUCCAAGCCAAGGAGUUGACGGCAGGCAAGGCCCCAGAGUCUCCGUGGCUGAUCCUUCUCUUCUGGAGCCUAGUGCCCUUGGAAAAUAGGAACUGUGUAUUUUUUUUUUUUUUUUUUUGGAGGAGAAAAACACAUAGCCAA